UAGAAGACUGACUGUAUGAGUGGGUGUGUGUCUGUUGUGCAGGGCAUCUACCGUGUGAAUGGGGUGAAGACGCGUGUGGAGAAGCUGUGCCAGGCCUUUGAAAAUGGCAAGGAGCUGGUGGAGCUCUCUCAGGCCUCCCCUCAUGACAUCAGCAAUGUGCUCAAGCUCUACCUCAGACAGCUGCCGGAGCCCAUCAUGCCCUUCCGCAUGUAUAAUGACCUGAUGGGGCUGGCCAAGGAGAGCCUGCAGCAGGCCGAGGGCCCGGAGGGAGGGGAGGCAGGGAAGGGCCCGGGGCUGAUGGACCGGGGGUCACAGACUGAGCCGGAGGUGGUGGCACUGGUGGAGAAGCUCCAUACCCUGCUACAGGAGCUGCCUCAUGCCAACGUCGCCACGCUACGCUACAUCACUCGCCACCUGCGCAGGGUGUCGGAUCUAGAGCAGGAGAACAGGAUGAGCCCCAGUAACCUCGGUAUAGUCUUUGGCCCCACGCUGAUGAAGCCCAAACCCACAGGGGCCACCGUGUCCCUGUCCUCGCUGGUGGACUACCCCCACCAGGCACGCAUUGUCGAGGCUCUCAUUGUCUUCCACAAGCAGAUAUUUGACCAGGGCUCUGGGGGACUGCGACCCCCCUGCUCGGCCUCGUACUCCCACAGCCAAGCACAGGACGGUGGAGAGGAGGGGAGGCAGACAGAGCUCCAGGAGGGAGAGGAGGAGGAGGGGCAGGGUAGAGCCGACCAAGAGCAGUGCUGUGGGAACUCUCUGGGCUCGUCUGGCUCGCGGGGGCGAUCUCUGGACUCCGACUCAGAGCAGGAGGAGGCUGUGAGGGGGCCCAGGCAGCGCCCCCCUCUGGCCAGUCAAGAGAGCGAGACGAGCACGGAGGAUGACCAGCUAAGCCCGCGUGCCAGCAUGGACCUGUCAGGUGCGGUGCCAGAGACCAUCCCGGAGCAAUCCCCCAGCCACACAGAGACAGAGACAGAGACGACAGAGACAGGGAUGGAAGCCUCAGGCGACACAGACAGGACAGUAGUGGACAUGCCACAGACUGAAGCAGAGCUGGUCUCUGCUGAAUAGGAACAGUGUGUGAAUUGCCAUAAUUUUGGGGUUUGGUUCCGAGCACAGGUUUGUUGUCAUAACACCACAUUUAAUUAGUGGCUUCAUCUUGAAGCACACAAUCCCCGUUAUAUUGUCCCUUGAAUUAAUAGAUUUUGCUUAACGUAAGUGAAUUUGUCAUAUUGCCAAUAACAGUCGUACACUGGAAUGCUUCAGCUCAGGUUAUCUAGGUCAACAGCGCAGUGCAGCACUGGAAGGCUGUGCAGCAUAUGACCACAACAUG